AUGUCUUACAUCACGAUGGUGGCCUACCCGGCGGUGGCUGAUGCCAAAUUCAACUUGCAAUAUUACACCAACAACCACAUGCAACUAGUCACCAAGUAUUGGACGGAAUAUGGGCUUUUGCACUGGAGAGUCAUCACUUUCGACGCAGGCCCAGACGGAUCAAAACCGUACAGCGUUGCUUCGACCAUGACUUGGAAGUCAAUCGAGGGGUUCCAGAAGGCCAUGGCGAGUAAAAGUGCUGCCGAGCUUGUAGCAGACCUGGAGAACUUUUCUGAUCAGCCACCUAUUUUCUUGAUCGGUCAUGUUGCUGCCUCUGGGUAG